UUCUCACAAAAGACCUAAGAUAUUCGGACCGGAGAUACCUUCCUGACGCCGGCGCGGGCCAGUAGUCAGAAUGUGCCCUUCCUAAAACGCCGACCCGGGCGGUAGAGCCCGGACAAAGCCAUUUGUGGGGAAGACUCCCAGAUCAAUACGAGGAAGAGGCCAACUUGGAUGUGGCCGCGAGGGUAAAAACUGAGCAAGGAUCAUGUCAGGUUGUCGACUGCAAGAUUAUGCUCUCCGUGCUGGCGGACCUGGGCGCGGCCAGCAUUUCCAAUGCACUCGUCGGAGUGAAUGCCUCAUCCCUGAAUGGCUAGGGGGAUUCAAGGGAUUUUACUGUCAUCACUGGAUCAGGAGAUGUCACGGCCUUGAGUCUGGUCAGUGGUUGUGGUAUCAUAUAUCUUUCUCUACUAUCCCUAGUAGUCUGUUAGUUUGUAUUCUUAAUAGUAUCCCAACGCCGGCUUCUGUCCAUUGUCCAUAUCCAUGACUGUAAUUAGGGAGAAAGAAAAUACUGAUUGCUAAUACCGUG